AGGACGGAUCUCCUCAUCGCUCAUGAGUUCUGUUAAAAUGCAGUACGUCCUGAGACCACUAGAUGGCGGUGUGUUGUUGGCUGUUCACGUGACAUGCUACAGCUUCCGGGUUGACCCCGAUGCAAUACACAAACAUAAGGACUGUAGUUUUGUAUGAGGAAAAACGAGUAACAGCCAAUGUUGUUUCCUUUUUGGACGACAAAAACAGACUUGUAUCUUGAUCCAUCUACUCGGUACAUGCUGUUAGAUGAUCAAAGUUCGAGUUGACCCUGAGUCGCGCGAUGGGGAUCAAGGAAGACGCUGAAGAGGUUUUGAAGCGGCACGACUUCAGCGGCGACGUGGAUCCUGUUCCCGCGCUGCCCAAAGCUUCGGUCCUGAUCCCUCUGAUGGUGAAGGAUGGAGUCCUGCACGCGCUGAUGACUCUGAGGUCGAUGCAGAUGAGGACCAGCGCGGGUGAGGUGUGUUUCCCGGGGGGGAAGAUGGAGCUGGGAGACCGGGACGAGGUGCACACGGCCCUGCGAGAAGCCGAGGAGGAGAUCGGGCUUCCACCUGACCUCGUCCAGGUGGUCAGUCGACUGGUGCCCAUCACCAGCAAGUUCGGUCUGCUGGUCACGCCGGUGGUUGGCUUCAUACCGGAGACCUUCACCCCCUGCCCGAACCCUGCUGAGGUCAGCGAGGUGUUCACGGUCCCUCUGGACUUGUUCCUCUCGCAGAAGAACCACGUUAAUCCACACGGCGCCAUGCGUCACUCGUUCACCUACAUCGACCCGUCAACGGGCACCGAGCAUCGCAUCUGGGGUCUGACCGCCAUGUUCGCCAUCAUGGCGGCGGUCUUGGCGCUGGGGAGGAAAACAGAGUUCGACCUCGGGCUGGACUCCGUGGACUUACCCCGGGCGCUACGGCAGCGACUUAGGAAGACGAUGAGCAAACUGUGACGCAGCUUCACUUGCCGAUGACGACUGCAAUUUCUCUCUGCGUAGUUUCACCACUAGUCCAUGAUAACAGGAGUAAUAUAUAAUUUGUGGAGUCAGUUCUAUUUCCUUAUUUCACUUGCUAAAAAAAAAACGAUUAUUGCGCAUGUCAGAGAAAUUAAAGGGCUCCUGAAGUGUCAAGUGUUAUGAUCUUUCUUUGGGUGUCAGGACAUUGUGUUGCUUACAUGAAAACUGACACAUUUUUUUUAUUUUAUUUUACAUUUUAAAACAUAGGUUUUUCAGCUCUCAGCCAAAAAGGUUCAAGAUCCCUGCUCUAUCGUGUCAGCUAGCUGACCCUUUUUUUGGUGGCGACUUUUUUUUGGCCAGGCAGUAUAUAUAUAUCGAUUUUUAAAAAAAGAUUUCCUACACAUUUGUCGACUAAAAACAAGAUAUUUCAUUCUAAUUUCAUUGGUCAUGUCUCACUUCUUGCACUGCAGACACAAGAUAACAAUAGCUCAGCUUUAGGUCUUUAUUUCCCUCAUUGUGUGUCUAUUUUCACCUUCUCUGUAGUUAAAUGAAAAGUUAAAUAAAAUAAUUGUUAGCAAUGCUCAUUUUAAUAGUAUGUCUUUUCUUUCACAGUAAACAAAUAUGUAAAAAUCUAUCUUGUUAUACAUGUUUUACCUGCAGUUGUGUUACAAAGUUAUUCACCACUGAAAAAAACAGAUAUUCCUAUAAGUGAUGACAGAAUAAAAAUUUUCCUAGUUUUAUAUUUCGGAGGCAAAAUUCAAGUUACAUUUUCAACUCGUCUUUUGGCUUGACGGCCCCUCAUAACAGUCAAUGUAAUGUUAAGUUGACCACGCUGGCAACUUCAGAAACCAAGCAGACAGACAUGGAAGCCAAUGUUGUGCCAGUCAGAGCUGAUCUCCUUUUCCCCGUUUCAAUUGCGUUCAGAUCUUCUCACAAUGUAAAAAAAAAAAAUCUGAUUUUUAUCUCAACCGAAGAUCUUGGUCACCACUCUACCGUCUAAAUUCAGCUUCAAACAUGGCAACAGAAGCAGGUUUUAUUAAUUGAUUUAAUGUAGCAGCAGGAUUACAGAUAUAAACUGAAGUAUACAAAUGUCCAGACCAAGGCAAAGUACAUGUUAAUAAUAGUUCAGAUGUUUGAUAAUC